GUGAUUUCCCAUUUUCCUGUAAGUAGACACACGUUUGACCGGAAACUUUCAUUUACAGAUUAUAACCGAAAUUGAUGGUACAGAGAAGGAAGCUACCAUACUCAGGGAAAAAGCAAAGACAUUGGAACAAUGAGAAUCACUCCAGAUCAACACUUGCAACAGCAAAAGACUGAAAAAAUGAAUAAAGUAUUUCACAAACUUCAUCUUGAAGUCAGACAACUCAAACUGAGAGCCUCAGAUGUUCUUCAGAUAACUGAACAUUCAAUACAGUCCCAUGAGUCUUGUGCUGAAGAAGAGCUGAUUCAGACUUUCAUACAAAAACUACUGAUACAUAACUAUAGAGCAAGAUACAUUAAAGCUAAAGUGAACAAUGAGCAAGACCAAACAAUUCAAAGAGGCAGUGACUCAUCUGAAGAUGAGAGUGAUAUUUUUGAUGAUGUUCUUAAAAACAACGAAUCAAGUCAAUCUGAACGAAUUCAUCCGAUGGAUGUUCAGAUGGCCGUGUUUCAUUGUGCUGAUGGUUUCCUAAAGCAGCUGUUGGUCACUAAACUGUCCCAGUGUCAGUACGCUCUGCCUCUGCUUGUUCCUGAUCAAGACAAACAACAGAUUGAGUUUCCUCUCUGGACAUUCAGACAAAUCAACAAGAGCUGGAAGAAGAGAAACACCAACAAUGAAACCAUCAUUCAAAUCCAGCCAAUCUACAAGGCAGAAACUCCAAUGGUGUUUUUCUUCAGGUUUGGCUCUGUGUCUUCAUCCAAGUCUCAGCUGAUGAACAGUCUGAUCAAUGAGAAACACAACACGUUCUUCCACAGGAACUGCCCAGGCAGCAGCAAAACCAGAGAACUGAUGGAUGGAGUGGUGGAGAUUGCCUGGUUCUGCCCAUCUGGAUCAUAUGAUGAUAAAUUCAAUGACUGUGUUGCGUUCUGUAAUCUACACGGUGAUGCAGGAGACCAUGAGAAACAGCUGCAGAUCCUCACUGAAAUGAGCUCAGUUAAUGUUGUUUUUCUACCUCAACUUCAGAAGAAUGAAAGAAGUGCAACAAUAAUCCAAAGUCUGUACAGGAACAGAAAGCCACUUAUUUGUCUUUUUACUGAGGAUGAAUCUGCUCUAACUGAGAUGAAGAAAGGAAAAUUCAAAAUUGGUCUGAAAAACAGAAAUCAGUCGGAUGUAUCUGAAGAGCUCAGAAGAGCUAUAAAUGAUUGUCUCUCAGAAUCAUCUUCCACUUUCAGACUUGAAGAUGUGUCCAAACACUCAGACAUCAGAGUAGAUGAGGAAGAUGAUGAUGACUGCAGGAGAGGAAGAGAAGCAGCACAGCAGAUGAUGAGUUUACUGGAGAAGAAAGAUCUGACAGAAAUCAAAGAAUCAUUUCUGCCUCAUCAGGGGAAACUGUGGCAUCAGUGGAGUCAGAAGAACAAAGAACUACAUCGACCUCGAGCAGAAGAGAUAGAAAUGGAAAUAAGUAGAAAACAAACUGAAAUUAAGGAAAUUCGUCAACAACAGCAUGAAUCUGACAUCAGUUAUUUUAUGAAGCUCUUUAUUAAAAAAAUGAACUCAGAAGCUGCAAAUAAGAAAAUGUUUUUCCUAAAAUGGCUCAGAAUCCUCCUGGAUGAAUAUACAUCAUUUGACCUUUCUGAUCUACAUUACAAGUAUGAUAAAAAGUGGUCACCAGUCAUGAAAUUGAAAGAGAAUCAUGAUAAACCUGAACAUCUCACAGCUAAACAAACUGAACUUGAGAGAAUAUCUGAGGAACUUCAAGCUGCACCCUUUGGUUUGGAGCACAUCAUGAGGGAGAUCGGUCAGAUCUAUGAAUCAUGUUCAUCAGUGAAGAAGAACAAGAAAGACCUGCAGUUUCACUUCUCUUCUCUCCCGAGUCUUGCAGCAGAGAUGAUGAUCUCUGGAUUUCCACUGGAGCUGAUGGAUGGAGAUGCUGCUCAUGUUCCUGUUGUCUGGAUCUCUGCUGUUCUAGAUGAACUCAUCCAGAAACUGGGAGACCAGAGAGUCUUUGUGCUGUCAGUUUUAGGGAUUCAGAGCUCUGGGAAAUCCACCAUGCUGAAUGCCAUGUUUGGACUCCAGUUUGCCGUCAGUGCUGGCAGGUGCACCAGAGGAGCUUUCAUGCAGCUGGUCAAAGUGUCAGACGAGAUGAGAACACAGAUUAACUUUGACUAUAUUCUAGUUGUUGAUACUGAGGGUCUUCGUGCUCUAGAACUGGCUGGAAGAUCAACAAGACAUCAUGACAAUGAAUUGGCCACAUUUAUUGUUGGUCUUGCAAAUCUGACCUUGAUCAACAUCUUUGGAGAAACCCCAUCUGAUAUGCAGGACAUUCUUCAGAUUGUUGUUCAGGCCUUCAUGAGGAUGAAGAAGGUCAACCUGAAUCCCAGCUGUGUGUUUGUGCAUCAGAAUGUUUCAGACAUCACAGCUGGAGAGAAAAACAUGGAGGGAAGGAGACGACUGCAGGAGACAAGGGAUGAGAUGACAAAACUCGCUGCUGAAGAGGAAGGCUAUGAUGCAGAAUGUUUCAGUGAUGUCAUUAAAUUUGAUGUUCAGAAUGAUGUGAAGUAUUUUGCUCAGCUCUGGGAGGGCAGCCCACCCAUGGCACCACCAAACCCAAAAUACUGUGAAAAUAUUCAACAUCUAAAGGAAACUAUUAUGUAUCAUGCAUCAAAAUCACAAGGAAUGAUGCUGAAAGACUUCAAAGAUCGCAUUAAAGACCUCUGGGAGGGUUUACUGAAUGAACGAUUUGUCUUCAGCUUCAGAAAUUCUCUGGAGAUUUCAGCCUACAGAAAACUGGAGACCGAAUACAGCAAGUGGUCCUGGAGUCUUCACAGUGCCAUGAUGGAAAUAGAGAACAAACUACACAAUAAUAUAGAAAAUGAAGCAAUCCAUGAGGUUGAGGAAGCUGAUCUUCAAACAGAACUGAAGAAGACAAGUGAAGAAGUGGAAAAAUCAAUGUCUGCAUUCUUUGAGAAAGACACAGAUGCAGAUAUACUGAUUCAGUGGAAAACAUCAUUUGAAAUCAAAAUCAAAGAGCUUCAGGACAACAUUGUGAGAGAAACAAAGAGGAAAUUAAAUGAGAUUUUUUAUCAGCGAGACCUGAAGAAAAACAAUGAUGCUCAGAGAAAGCACCAUGAAAACACACUCUUUGAAAAGAGCAAAGAACUUGCCUUAAAAAUGAAAGACAAAGCAGGUAAUGAAGAAACACUGAAGAAAGAGUUUGAUUCUUUUUGGGAACAGAGUGUGAAAAAGAUCACCAGAGACACUCCUCCAAUUGAAGACAUUGACAUGAUAAAAGAUGUGAGAGAGAUCCUCCGUGACAUCUAUGAAAGUAUUCCUGUAGACCACUGGAAGGAGAGCAGUAAGAGCAUUGAUAUUUUCACUGUGCCGAGUUUUUCAAAUUAUGUUAAUUUAAAAAGGUCCACAAAAUCAGGGAUUAAAGAGGCUGUAAAGGGUGCUUGCAGAACAGUUAAAAAAACAUUUGGUUAUGGUCAAACUCUGUCUCCAUCAGAUGAAACCCAAAUAAGAUCAUUAGUUAAUGAUGUUGCUCAGCAGACAGAUAUAAUGAUUCAGUCAUUUAACGUUUCAAAGAUGGGAUACAACAUCAGCUGCAUUCAACAACUCACAGAUUACAUCAAGAGGAGAGUAACAGAACAUCAGGAAGGAUCUGUGAAAUACAAGUUCAAAAAUGAAUUCAUUAUGGAUUUGGGUCUUUCCAUCUGUAUGAGAUCAAACACUUUGAUCGCUUUCCAACAGAGACUGUACAGGGAAGCCAAUGAUCCUGUAAUAUAUGUAGAGAAGAAGAGAGAAGAGUACUAUAGUAUUUUCCAGAAAUACUGUCAUGGAGCAACAUCAGCUGCUGUUUUUAGUGAGAUCAUCUGUCAGAAACUUAAAGAGCCCAUUGAGCAGAGUGUCUACAAGAAGACUGCCAGAGAUCUGACAGAUGAAAUGAGAUCAAACUGUGAAUCACUGAAUGGAAACAGAUCAAAUCUGGAAAAACACAUUUUGAAGACACUAACAGAAGAGGAGGAUUUUAGCAAAUACAUUAACUACAUCAAAACUCCCAGAGAUCACUUCAAGAGUUUCAUCAGAGAUGAAGUCAGUCGGUACAUCACUGAUAAGUUCAGUGUCAGUGUUUUACCCAAGAUGAACAAAAACAUUGAACUCCUGCAGCAGAAGAUCAUGAAAGCAGCACAUGAAUCUACUGAACAUGUUCAAGUGAACAGAGGAGAUGUUGGUUUGUGGUUGAAGAGUUUCACACAGAAGCUCUCAGAUGUGCUGAUCUUCUCUGAAAAAGACCUCAGUGGAGUGAAACAUGAUGGUAUUGAUGAUUUCAACCUCCUACAAGAAGUGUUAAGACAAGAACUUAAUGCUAUAAUGUCUGAAAUCAAAGGGAGAUUUGACACAAAGACAUUUGAUGAAAAACUUGACCUCAAGUUCAGACCAGAUACACUUCUGAUUGAUCACUUCUGUCAGUGCUGUUGGGUUCAGUGUCCAUUCUGUGGAGCCAUCUGCACCAACACCAUAGAAAACCAUGAUGGAGAUCACAGUGUUCCUUUCCAUCGAAAUAUUGGACUAAAUGGGUGGUUUUACAGAGGAACAACAUACUUAUCUAUUAACAUCUGCACAUCAUCAGUAGCAAGUGAUCGAUUUUUUCAUCCCAAUGAUUCAGAUGAUACAGUCCUCUGGAGAGAAUACAGAACAGCAGGAGGAGUUUAUGCAGACUGGAGCAUCACCCCUGACCUCUCUGAACUGCCCUACUGGAAGUGGUUUGUGUGCAGAUUCCAGAAAGAUCUGGAAAAACACUACAGUAAAACAUUUGAGGGAAGUGGUGAGAUCCCAGAUGAAUGGAGAAAAUACUCAAAACAGGAGGCUAUUGAGAGUUUGGAUAAAUACAUUUAAUUAAACAAGUUAAGUUUAUUUCAGGUGUUUGAUUCACAGUUUGAAACAAGCUUCACCUUAGUGACUAUGCAAUAAUCUAAAUUUAAGUUCACAGUGAGAUAAAAGUUUAAAUGUAACUAAAAUCUUUAAAAAGACUGUAAAUGUUCUUCAUAUCUAUAUAUGUGAACUGAUCUGUGUGAACUGAUCUGUACUUAAAGUAGGGAAAAUGUAGGGAAAAAAAUCUAGAUAGUCUUUAAAAAUGAUUCCAGAUUUGAAAACCUUAAAGUAUUUAAAAUAGCUUGUUUAAAAAGUUUAUCAAAGUAGCAGCUAAUAUGUGGUAAAUUUUAAUUUGUAAUAGUUUGACAGUCACUUCUAUGGCAAGCCUUGUGGCAUCAAUGCAGAGUUUACUUUAAAGCUCCUUUGCAUGUGAAUAUAAUAAGUGACAAAUUUUCAGCGUUUUUGCCAGAGCUAUAGAUGUAAGGGUACAUUUGCAUUUAAUAUCUAAUGACAUUAAAUAUCAUAUUUUAUGUAUUUGGUGCAUGAGUACACACUGUUUAUUGUUGUUAUUUACAGGAAGUGAUUGAUGUUGAUGAGUGGCAGUAAUGUUUGUACUGUCUGAAAACAAAACAGGGUUCACAAACUGUCCAAAUAUGUUCACCAUAGUCCAUUUCUGUACACAAUAAAGAGUAUAAACUAUAUAUAAUUUUAUCUUCGUAAGAUCAAUAUUUGAACCAUUUAAUUUUUUUUUUUUUUUUUUUAUUGUUACAUUUGAAUAAUUUGAUAUUUAAUAAGUUGAAACCCAAAACUUGCAUUUAAAAGUGUAAUCCAGCAAUUUUUCUCAAAAAAAAAAAAAAAAAAAAAUCCUGUCAUCACUGGUGCGCAGUGAAUUCUGUGUUAGGCAAGGCCAUGAAGGAUCCAUCUGUUGUAUCCUUCAUUGCAUGGGAAACAAAGGAUGCAUUUGAAGGUGCCUUUGAAAUGGGACAGCCUUCGUCACGCCAAUAUGACGCAAUCAGCUGUUGAAUGUGGCUUUCGAAGUAUGCAGCCUCUGAAGUGGAGUGCAGCUAUACUGAAGAUUUGUGACUUUUGAGAACUGGAUCUUGUAGCCUAGAGUUUUUACAACAAAAUGAUGUGAAAAUCAUCCCGACACUCAUUCAUGUAAAACAAUAUAUUGGUUUAGUCUGAAUUUUGUUACACUUUUUGAGCUGGUAAAGCCAUAUUCAA